AUGGCAAGCCAUGCUUACCAAAAUAACCACCAAAACACACGGGCCAAGGUCACUCCGCAGGUCUCUCCUGAGCGACGUCCCGCGGGCGAGUCGGAGAGCGACCCGGGGUCAUCCUCCCGGGUCAGCCUCCCAGGUCAGCCUCCCGGGUCAGCCUCCCGGGUCAGCCUCCCGGGUCAGCCUCCCGGGGUCAGCCUCCCGGGGUCAGCCUCCCGGGGUCAGCCUCCCGGGGUCAGCCUCCGGGGUCAGCCUCCCGGGGUCAGCCUCCCGGGGUCAGCCUCCCCGGGUCAGCCUCCCGGGUCAGCCUCCCGGGGUCAGCCUCCCGGGUCAGCCUCCCGGGUCAGCCUCCCGGGGUCAGCCUCCCGGGUCAGCCUCCCGGGUCAGCCUCCCGGUUGCUCCCUCACAAGCAAUCCUCAUCUGAGCGUAUAUCAUUUACGGCGUCCUGUCAACCUUGUUUUCAUUGGUGCUCUGUACCCGUGA